UGAGGCGCCAAGCAUUCUGCUGCCUACCCCUCCAUGUACUAGGACUUAUGGGAAUAUAUAUACAUGAUCAGUGAACUAUUCUGAAUAUUACCUAACCUUACAGGAGUUUGCGAUCAUAUUGUAUCGAAGGUGAUUGAUUAUGAUGGGAGGAGGGGCAACAAUAGAGACCCCUUGCGGGUCUUUAUCUGUUGUUCCUGCUCGGCUCCAACUCCCGAGCUGCAUCCCCAUCCCCAUCCACUGAUCAUCGACUGUCAUCAUUGCAAUUCUUCCAUCCUGUCUCCUCUUACCUCUUCACCAUCUCAAUUACUAUCCAUAUUCAUCACACAGCCACCGAAACAAUGUCAUCCAGCCACACCAUCGCAUUCAUCGGAUGCGGGAACAUGGGUUCCGCCAUCCUCGGCGGUAUCUUGGACGCAACCCGCGAGGAGUCCAAAACUGGAGCAACGCCCAAGAUUCCCCGCUUCAUUGUAUCCACCAAGAGCGCAGCAUCGGCGGAGCGCCUACGGUCGGCUUUCGAGGCGGACAAGGACCGCGUGACUAUCGGGCAUGGACAGAACUUACGCGCCAUCCAAGAAGCGGACAUCAUUCUUCUUGCGUGCAAGCCGUUCCUGGCGGCGGAGAUCCUCUCAGAAGAUGGUGUCCCGAACGCUCUCGAGGGUAAACUGGUGAUCAGCAUCAUGGCUGGAAAGAAUCCUACCGAGAUCCACAACUUUAUUUACCCAUCCGGCUGCAGCGGCAAGGCCCCGAUCAUCGUCCGAGCCAUGCCCAAUGUCGCCUCGCGGAUCCGCCAGUCCCUGACCAUCAUAGAGGAGAACACCGACCUAUCAGAGCAUCUGUCGGAGACCGUGACGUGGAUGUUCUCGCAGAUCGGAACCGUCAAGUACCUGCCAUCGAACCAGUUUGACGCUGGAGGCCACCUGGCGGGUGCUUCGAUGGCCAUUCUCACCGUCCCGCUUGAUGGGAUCUUGGAUGGCUGCGUGGUGGAGGGAAUCCGUCGGGCGGAGGCGCUGGAGAUGGCGGCGCAGGUUCUCACGGGGAUGGCGGGGCUGCUGAGGGAGGGGGAUCAUCCGGCAUUGAUGAGAGAGAGUAUUUCGUCGCCGAGAGGAUGUACGAUUCAAAGCUUGUUGACGCUGGAGAGGCAGGGAGUGAGGGGGGCGUUUGCGGAUUCGUUGAUCAACGGGGUGAAGCAUUUGAGAGGAGAGAAAUAGAUGUCGGACCGGGGAUGUAUUGAACACAUGACUAGAGAU